AAAGCAUCAGUCUUUAAAAGGAGAAGCCUUGAAAGAGCACACACUUAGAUCUGAAAAGAGAAAAUAGAAGUUGCGAACAAAGAAGAUGUUUGCUCUAGCAAUCGUUCUAUUGCUAGCCCAUAUGUCUCUGUGCGCUUGCAGAUUCCAACAGGAGAAAAGAAGCGUGGCCUCUCAGAACUAUGAUGUGUUCCUAAGUUUCAAAGGCGGAGAUACUCGAACCGGCUUUACCGAUUUCCUCUACAAUAGCCUGGUAGCUGCUGGGGUCCACGUCUUCAGGGAUGACGACGCACUCCCAGUCGGCAAGGAGAUUGGCGCGGAGAUUCUCCGGGCCAUCAGAGAUUGCAGGAUCGCAAUUCCCAUCAUUUCUGAACAGUACGCACAAAGCAAAUGGUGUCUCCGAGAGCUCACAGAGGUUAUGGAUUGCUACAAAAAGCAUGGGAAAUCAGUCUUCCCUGUAUUCUAUAAGGUGCAUGUCGUUGACGUAAGUCGCCAAGGCCGUAACUUUGAAGAGGCUCUAUCUAAACAUGAGAGACAGUGCAGCUCAGAAGAAGUGCUAGAAUGGCGGAAAGCGUUGACUUCUGUAGCGAGGAUUAGAGGGUGGAUAUCACAGACAGUUGCCAAUGGGCAUGAAGGAGAGCUAGUGAAGAUGAUAGUGGCAAAGGUUUCGAGUGAAUUGAAGACCACGUGGAUUGAACGACUUCCCAUAUUCAUAAGAUCAGUGUAUCUUCACCUUUCAGAAAAGAAAAGAAAAGAAAGUAAAUGCCAAGUGUUCUUGGCCUUUCGUGGCCCUGAUACUCGACAUGGCUUUGCUGCUUUCCUCUAUAUCAGCCUUGUGGCUGCAGGAAUUAGAGUGUAUGGCGAUGAUGACCCGAACCUCAUAGGUAAAGAUGUUGCUCAUGAGAUUUUCAAUGCUAUCGACCACUCCAAGAUAUCCAUUCCAAUUAUCUCUAAAAGGUAUGCCUCCUCUCACUGGUGCCUUAAGGAGCUAGCACAAAUGGUUGAAUGUAAAAGAACAAAAGGGCAAAAGAUAUUGCCCAUCUUCUAUAAAGUGAGGCCCUCAUAUGUGCGAGACAUAUCACAUUGUUUUGGAGAGGACAUGCUUCGACAUAAGGAGCUGGUUGAUGAAAGUACUUAUGAGCAGUGGGAGCAAGCUCUCAAGGAGGUUGGGUCCUCCAAAGGAUGGGUAUCAGAGAAAAUCGCUAAUGGGCAUGAAGGGAUACUUGUAAAGCAAGUCAUCAAGGAGGUUUCGAAGAUUUUGAAGAAUCCCCAAACACAUGAUCCACCAUCCCCUCCACUGAAUAUUGAUAAAUCCCGGAGUAAGUAACAAUUCACAUUUAGCAUAUGUGAUUCCUGUUUUAUAGGAGGAUUUCCUUGAUGAUCGUCAUCGUUUGCAUUAAUAUGUAAAGACUGGUGAUCAACUCCUUUGGACUUAAGAAACAUGUUACGAGUCAUAUUAGUAAUGUGUUUAAUAAGAAUGUCGUUGGUGGAUUCAGAUGUCACACGACUACCAGAUGCCCCUUGUUCGGAUUUGA